AUGGGCGACUUCACCCUCUUCAACGGCCAGCUCUAUACGCCGGGCCUCGCCAUCGUCGACGCCCCACAGCCGUACACGACUCUUGGAGGACAGAAUCUCCAGGUUGCAAUUGACGUCUCGGGCAAUGGCAAGCUUUCAUGGCCGCCCUCCACCCAGUCUCCCGACGCACCAACACUGUUUCACAACAUCACUUUGUUCCUGACCUCGGAGACCCUAUCACAUAAUUUCACCAUCUCCAAUGGCACCACGCCCGCGCACAACGGGACUGGCUAUGUCGGUCCGGUCUUGGACCUCGAGCCCUCGUCCACCGUAAAGCACGUCAACUGGGUGUGGCCCAGUUGUCUGGUGGGCGACGGCUCCUCCACCAAGGACGGGUCCGCGCGAGGCGCAUACAACAUCUCCAUGCACCAAUCCUUCCGCUGGAACGGCACAGACUACUAUACCGUCUUUGACUUUCCCAUCUCCGUGACCAACAGCAUUCCCAAGAGCGACGAGCGCGUGGACUGUGCGUCGCUGGAGAACAAACUGCUUAGUGCCGCCGAGGUCGACAAGAGCUCCGAUCGACUGCCGGGACAGCCGUGGUUGCAGAACGGCACCCAGACGCAGUCGGCCAGCGCCUCGCCGAGUGCCACGGGUGCUGCGUCCCGCAAGGAGACGAUGCUGCUCUUUGCGACUGUCGGUGCCGCCCUGACGGCGCUGCUACACGCGUUCUGA